UUGCGUCUGAUUCGGAUGCGCACUACUCUACCACCAAAGAGUCACACACACACUCUAAAAUCAGCUCUUUUGCCUAAUUCUCCCCAAACACAAUUCUCAAUAUUUGUCGCCGGAACAAAAAAAAAAAAGAAAAAAAUUCUCAGACUCCUCCUUCCUCCGGUUCCGGUAGCUUAAAACUAUGGCGUCGGAUCUUCCGUGCUGUGGAACCACGUUCUGGUUCUACCUCGUGAUUAUCAUAUCUCUUGUAGCGUUCGCUGGGUUGAUGGCUGGUUUAACACUUGGUCUCAUGUCUCUUGGUUUAGUCGACCUCGAAGUUCUCAUCAAAUCUGGUCGUCCUCAAGAUCGAAUCAACGCCGGUAAGAUAUUCCCAGUCGUGAAGAAUCAGCAUCUUUUGCUCUGUACUCUUUUGAUCGGAAACUCUAUGGCUAUGGAGGCUCUGCCGAUAUUUUUGGAUAAAAUUGUGCCUCCAUGGAUUGCUAUUCUUCUAUCAGUGACUCUUAUACUCGUGUUUGGAGAGAUCAUGCCACAAGCAGUUUGCACUCGAUAUGGACUCAAGGUUGGAGCGAUAAUGGCUCCUUUUGUCCGUGUUCUUCUUGUACUAUUCUUCCCCAUUUCAUAUCCAAUCAGCAAGGUUCUUGAUUGGAUGUUGGGUAAGGGACAUGGUGUUCUUUUACGUAGAGCUGAGUUGAAGACAUUUGUGACUUUCCAUGGAAAUGAGGCUGGGAAAGGUGGAGUUCUAACAAACGAUGAGACUUCUAUCAUCACAGGUGCACUUGAAUUAACUGAAAAGACGGCAAAAGACGCAAUGACUCCCAUAUCGAAUGCUUUUUCCCUUGAUCUUGAUACCAAUCUUAAUUUGGAAACCUUGAAUACAAUAAUGUCAGUUGGUCAUAGCAGAGUUCCCGUUUACUUCAGAAACCCCACACAUAUAAUUGGGCUCAUUCUGGUUAAAAAUCUCUUGGCAGUUGAUGCUAGAAAAGAAGUUCCUCUUAGAAAAAUGUCCAUGAGAAAAAUUCCGCGUGUCUCUGAGACAAUGCCACUGUACGAUAUCCUAAACGAGUUCCAGAAGGGUCACAGUCACAUAGCAGUUGUCUACAAGGAUCUUGACGAGCAGGAGCAAUCUCCCGAAACAAGCGAAAAUGGUAUUGAGCGCAGAAAGAACAAGAAAACAAAAGAUGAACUUUUCAAGGACAGUUGUAGGAAACCAAAAGCUCAGUUUGAGGUAUCAGAGAAGGAAGUAUUCAAAAUUCAAACUGGAGAUGCAAAAUCCAGCAAGAGCGAGAACGGUGAAGAGCAGCAGGGGAAAACGAGUUUAUUGGCUGCUCCAGCUAAGAAGCGACAUAGAGGCUGUUCGUUCUGCAUUUUGGAUAUUGAGAAUACCCCCAUACCUGAUUUCCCUACCAAUGAAGAAGUUGUAGGAGUUAUAACCAUGGAGGACGUUAUCGAAGAGCUUCUUCAGGAAGAGAUCCUUGACGAAACUGAUGAAUAUGUGAACAUCCACAAUAGGAUCAGAGUCAACAUGCAUGCUUCUCAGGAGAAUUUACCAAGCGUAACCUCAAUCACGCAAUCGUCAUCCGGCUCUAGUAGUCCCAACCGAACAUCCCAUUUGGCCACACCAGAUUCGAGUCCUACAACAAAGCUUUCAGAUUCAAGUUUUACAACAAAGCCUUCAGCUUCAAGUCCUACAACAAAGCCUUCAGGUUCGAUUCCUACAACAAAGCCUUCAGAUUCAAGUCUUUCUUAAGUUUAUAUGAGUGAGGAUAUAUAGUUACAUGAUUUCAAUAGAAAGAAAAAAAGUUGAAGCUGAAGCAGCUUUACUUACUUAAUUAACACUACAUAUUUCUUUGGUAAAGUUUUGGUCUUUGAGAUAAGGACUCCGAAUGGGUUACCAAAAUACCUUGUACAAAAAAUUACGCUUUCGGAUCUGAUUGUAAAAAAAAAAAUUACGCUUUCGGAUCUAUCAGCUUUGGUCCGUAUAGAGUAUACUAUUCGGAGCCAUA